UAUACCAUUCUCUUACUGUUUUUCAUAUAUAAAAAGAAAAGUAUAACAAAAAAAUGGCUCCGAUAGGGCUCACCGAUGUGGCUAUUACAGAUUUCGUAGUAAACCAACGUCACGGAGUAAAAGGUCUCGUCGAAGUUAUAUCUCCAAAGACAUUGCCUUCAUGUUACAUCCAACUCCCAGAAAAACGAGUCACCACUGAAAAACUCAUCAUGGAGGCCCCAACAACCGGCAAAGGUGCGUUGUCAGCACCUGUGAUUCCGGUCAUCGACGUUUCUGAUUGGAAAAACCCCACUGUUGCGGAGGAGAUCUGCGAGGCCGCUGCGACAUUAGGGUUUUUCCAGAUAGUGAACCAUGGAGUUUCGGUGGAUGAGCAAAACGAACUGAGAGCUGCUGGUCGUGGGUUUUUCGAUUUGCCGACGGAAGAGAAGAAACGUUAUUGGGAGGGAAGUUCAGUAUCGGAGACCGCUUGGUACAUGACAAGUUUCAAUCCCUACAAGGAGGCCAAGUUGGAGUGGAGAGACUAUCUCAAGUUUGAGUAUCUUUCCGACCAAGUGGACUUUUCUGCCACGUGGCCUACUGUAUGCAGGGACGAGGUUGUAAAUCAUUCCAAUAGGAUGAAGCCGAUAGGUAGGAAGAUUCUUGAAAUACUAAUGAACAAUCUAAACACAAGGAUGGAAGAACAAGAUCUAAUGGGAACUUUGAGGAUGAACGUCAACUACUAUCCCGAGUGUCCCGACCCGAAACUUACCGUAGGAACCGGUCACCACUGCGACAUCAACACCCUCACACUUCUUCUCCAGGACGACAUAUUAGGCAGCCUGUAUGCUCGAUACGGUGACAAGUGGCUCCAUAUCCCUCCAGUUAUGGGAGCCAUUGUGGUUAACAUUGGAGACAUGUUACAGAUUUUGAGCAACGAUCGGUACAAGAGCGUUGAACAUCUGGUGAUGACUAGUCGGUUUCUUAGCCGGAUUUCUUUCGCGUAUUAUUGCGGGCCGAGUUAUGACUCUGUUAUCGAACCGUUACGUGAGGUGCUAGAGAAUGGUGAGAAACCAUUGUACAAGGCCACGAUGUAUAAGGAUUACAUGAAAUAUUACUUUGCAAGGCCGCAUACGGGUAGCAAAACUAUCGAAUCAAUCAAGCUUCCAUGAAAAAACAAGAUGGACAAGAAAAAGAAAAAGUGACUUUAUGAUGAAGUGGUACAAGACAUUGACUUUGGAGGAACACCCUGUAGGGUGAGGAAGCCUAAGGUUAAGUCGAAAUCCAUGUCAACUUUCAGUUUCUUUUUUUUUUUUUGGUGAAAAACUUUCAGUUUCUUCUUUUUUUAAUUGGUAUUUUUUCGGCAAAUAACGGAAUGAUGCUCUGUUCCCGUGCUUUGUCGGGUCAGAGUAUAUCACUUCACUUUAAAGAAUGCAUAUUUGCUUCCAAGUUUGUAGUUUUGUACUAGUUGAAAUGCAUUACAAUUUAAGAAUAAAAGUAAAAUAAAGAAAAAGUAGAUUGUUAUUAGACCAUGAUUAACUGUGAAACCCAAAUAGAUUUCAUAUUUUUUUAAUUAUUAUUAUUUUUUUGUUUGAAUAAAAAAAAGACUAAUCGCGGGCUGCCACGUAUCAGUAGGGCCUGCAAACAGUGCAAGAAACCAUCAAAUAACGGUUCUUAUUCUGGCUAUUCUGCAACCGGUUUUUGCUUUUUUUUGUGGGCUCUCCCCCCCCCCCUCUUAAAAACCCACUAAACAACCCCCCCUCCCCCUAUAGUCAUGCCCUUAGAGUAUCAAUCAUUAGAAGAAAUGGGCUGCAGGAAGGGCCACGAAAACCAGAACAAUUGGGCUUCAAAUGUGUUAAGCUCAAAGUCUGUUCACAGUCUUCAUUACCUCAGACAACGGCUAGAACAAGAGGAUGUGCAGAUACGAUAGGGUGUGUAGAGUACGGCAAAAGCAUUCAGCGAUGUUGAAGAGUGAGCUCGGGAUUAUGCUGAAGAAACGAUUAAGAGACAAAAAGGUCAGAAAUCUCGUUUAUAUUAGAAGUAAAUCAAACCUUCCAUAAGGAAAAAUCUCAUGUUCCAUCAAAACUAUCUACCUCUAUGUAUUCGACAUCGAAUCUUCAAGGUGAAUCUUCUAACACUCUUGCUCUGAAUCUGGAGCUCUAAUACCACUUGUUAGGGAAAUUUCAACUUGACCUUGUAUCAACCAAACAACUAUCACUUCCUAGUUCUGAUACUACUUGUUAGGUUUACCUAUACACCUAAUUUCCCUACCCUUUGAAUGUUAAAGCUUGGAUCUUUGUGAUGAAAAUAGAAACUUAAAAACACAAGAGAUUUGUUCACCAAGUUCCUUUUCCGGUACCUCUAGGGUGGGAUCUCUCUCUCACAACUUCUACUAACAAGCAAAGCUUACAAGUCUCAGUCACUUCUCACUUUCUUGAAAAUGACAAAGAAGAUUACAGAAGGAGGGUACAAUACAAAACACUCUAAGAACACAAAGACUCGAACUUUGUUUCUUCUUGUCUUUGGUAGCUUCUCAGUCUUUGACUUCUUCUCUCUUGUCUUCUUCUUGUUCUUUGCUUAGCUGCAGAUCCCUCUUGACUGCCUUUGAGCUUUUUCCUUGCCUCUCUUUCUAGACCUUGUGGAAUUUCUCUUGUCUUCUUCUCUUUCUUGGUUUGGCUACUUAGGUUUAGAGGAGGCACAAGAUAUAUAUAGUGGUAUCUUGUGGCCCCAAAACCCUAGCUCUAAUGAGCUUUGAAAACACUAAGGCCCAAACAUAACAGCUUUCCUAGAGCAUCAAUGUGCAAGAUGCAGCUUUUCUGAAGUGAUCACUUCAGUGUUCUAGGUAAUUUUGCUGAUUUUCUUAUAGCAAUAAAGUGCUGAAGACAUGCUUCUGAAGUGGGCAUUUCAGAGCCAUAGGUAAAACAUAUUGAGAGAGGGUAAUCUUGUUUUCUGACACGUGUCAGAAAGUUUGAACCUGUUCUUAGUUUUUUUAGUUAAAAGUUAAGAGACGAUUUCUUAUAUUCCGCUAAAAACCUCACCCUAAUAACCUCUCAUUAAACAUGCUCUAAGAAGCUACCAUAACUUUCAAAACAUUGCUGGUUCAAAAUCACAUAUGACCAUUUACUUCAUAAAUAUCAAAUAAUUGUUUCUAUUUUAACUAUACUAUUAAAAGAAAAUCAUUCUAAAAAUCUAAUUACAAAAAUAUUGUUGGACUUAUUUAUUAAUUAUUUAUUAAAUUUUGAUGUUACCUUUAUUUUCUCUAAAUAAUUAACUAUAUAUAUUUUACAUAAUUUAAAUAAACUCAUUUAUUACUCUAUAUAAUAUAUUAUAUAAUAACUCAAAUAAUAAAUCGACAUCAAGUAUAUGACCUAUGACAUGAUCAUCACGUUAUAUAUAGUCCCAUUAAUACUAAAAAAAAUCAAUAGUUUACUUACGUUUAAAAUAGCUUCCAGUGGUGUAAUUGUUUAUACAUAUUCAAAGAUGACGUCGAGGAUGUCUUAUUAAAAACUGAAAGUGCAAAAUGUUGUCGCUUAAAUUGUUUUUCCUAAACAAUUGUCGCUUGAGAUAGCAUUAGUUUUAGAAAACAAAGAAUCUACACAAUUUAUGCAAACCAUUAAAAUAUAGUUUCAAGAAAAACAUAAUAAUAUAACAUUAUAAAUUAUAUGUUUUUAAUCAAAUGCUUAUAUUAUUAGGUUAUUGGUUUGGCCGCGGGUGUACCAUAGGUCAAUAGUUUAAAUAAUUUUAAUAUAUAAUUAUAAAUAACAAUAUAAAAUUAAAAAAAUAACCAUGUUUAAAAAUAUAGGAAAAGAUUUAAAAUAUAUUUUUAAAUUUUUUCAUUUUACAUAAAAGUAUUAAAAGAUAAUUUAAACAUUUUUUGUAACAAGUUGGAGUUAUAACUUACAGAAUAUACAAUAAGACUAUACUUAAUAAUUAUUUAAAUAAAAUUGUAUUAAAAAUCAAAUUGAAUUACAUAUUGGUCACUCAUCGGUUCAACCGAUUAGCCGUUUUAGAAUUUUUUGUGAGUUUUUAAAUAAUGGAUAAUUUUAAAAACCAAACCCAAAAUACAUAUCGGAUCAGUUCGAUCGCUGGUCAAGUAAGUAUAAAAGCACAUAUUUAAAUGCAACAUUGUUUUAAGAAAAAAAAACUCUCAAAUUAACAAAAAAAAUUAAUAUUGUUAAUGAGAAUUUUUCAUCAGAAAAUAUCUCGCGCUUUGAAAGUGCAUGUCAAAAUCUAAUCUAUACUAUUAAAAUAGAAGUUAUGCCUUCUUUCAUGUGUGAUAUUUUAAAAUGGAUCAUCCCUAAAAAAUUGCUUACAUUUUUUUUUUUGUAUUUUGAAGUACAGUGUAUUAUAGUGUCCUUUCAAAAAAUAUUUUUGUUGUUGUUUAUAACAGCAUCUCAAAAUUAGUUUAAAUUAAUGAAAGACACAGAAAUAUGUAAAAUAAUUAUAAUGCAAAAUGUUGAUAAACACAUAUUUUAUAAUGCAAAUAUAUAUAUAUAUAUGUUUUAAAAAUAUAAAAUAUUUUUAAAUGCAAAGAAAAAUGCAUAGAAUUUUGAAUAUAUAUAGAGUACAACUAAUGAAAAUUUUACAAUUUAAAGUAUAAAAAUAAUAAUAAAAUUCUGUACAAUAUUUUUUGAGGAUUGUUUUUUUUAUUUUUAGUUGUUUAAUAUAAGGAUUUAUCUACCAAAUAUUCUAAAAAUAGAUAUAUAAUUAGUAACAAUAAAUAAAAAGUAUAUAUCAAAAAUAUAAAAAAUAAUAAUGUCAAAGUUUAAUAAUUUAUUUAAUAACUUGGUCAUUUAAAUUAAAUUAAGUUAAUAUAAAUAUAAAUCCUGCGCGGAUCCGGGUUAAAUAA